GUCCCGCCGUCCUUAGCCGAGCUCAGUCAGUAGACAGUCGAUCCGCCUGGUCAGCUGGUUUCAACCACUCGCAUAUUACCGAUCUCCCUGAUGGUAAAUCCAUCACGAGCGACUAGGUAGGUCCCGGUGCCGAUCUCCCGGUGUCUACGAAUCGCACAAAUAAACUGAGAAUCGGACAAAACGUCGGCGGCCCGCGCGCCGCAUGUGCGCGAGUGUGCAGCAUCUUGACCAAAAGUAUCAUCGAUACGAGGGGCCAGAUCGUCUACAGAAGAACAGACCGCGUCGAAGACGGUAGAAGAGGGUAGGAAGUCGGGAAGAUUGCGCGCGCGCAAUCGGACAGGAGAUGACCAUAUCGUACGCGAGCGAAGUGCCGAACGGCUCCAGCUUUGGCUGCUUCUGGAGGAUUCUGAUCAAAUGGCGUGGCUCCGUUUACAAGCUAAUCUGGCGAGAACUACUGGCGUACCUAUUCUUCUACUACCUCAUCAACUUUACGUAUCGAUACGUGCUGAACGAAAACCAACGACAAAUUUUCGAAAAAGUUCGUUAUUACUUCGGCAACUCCAGCGAUUCCAUACCCAUGUCGUUCGUCCUGGGAUUCUACGUAAGCCUUGUUGUGAAAAGAUGGUGGGAGCAGUACAAGCUUUUGCCCUGGCCGGAUAAUCUGGCCCUCUUCAUCAGCGCCGCCAUUCCUGGAAACGAUGAACGGGGGCGAUUGAUGAGACGCAACAUCGUGAGGUACGCCGUGCUCGCGUACGUCAUUACACUGCAAAGGAUUUCGCUCCGCGUUAAGAGGCGUUUCCCGACUCUUCAGCAUAUGGUGGAUGGAGGUCUGAUGAUGGAAUCGGAGAAAAAAAUCUUUGAGAUGAUGAACAAGAAGGCGGCGAUGUCUAAGUAUUGGAUGCCGUUGGUUUGGGCGACCAAUAUCAUCAACAGGGCGAGGAAAGAGGCUCUGAUUAGUAGCGAUCACGUAGUGCAAACCCUCCUUGUCGAGCUCAGCGACAUCCGGAAGAGGCUUGGUGCAUUGAUUGGUUACGAUACCGUCUGUGUCCCCCUAGUCUACACUCAGGUGGUAACACUAUCGCUGUACGCCUAUUUUUUCUCGGCUUUACUCGGCAGACAAUUCGUCGAACGUUCAAAUGGCCCCGGAAAGUAUGAGGAGCCGGACAUGUAUUUCCCGUUUUUCACAGCGCUGCAGUUUUGUUUUUACAUUGGAUGGUUGAAAGUCGCAGAGGUACUGAUUAAUCCGUUCGGCGAGGAUGACGACGACAUCGAGCUGAAUUGGUUGAUAGACAGACAUAUCAAGGCGGGUUACAUGAUCGUUGAUGAGAUGCACGAGGAACACCCGGAACUCCUGAAAGAUCAAUACUGGGACGAAGUUGUGCCCAAGGACUUGCCGUACACAGUCGCCAGUGAGCAAUAUCGAAAAGAAGAGCCGAAAGGUUCCGCGGAGCACUACAAAGUAAAAGAUAGCGACGCUCUUUACGCAAACGUUAUGCUGGGCACACAGAUUCACAGUCACGGUCAGCAUCGUAAGGCUCAUCAAGACGAUAUGUACGCCGAUUACGAGAGCGUGGACACCCCGUUGGUGGAACGGAAGAAGAAUGGCUGGUUUCAACGGCAAAUCACCCGAGUGGGUUCUGUACGUAGCUCCUCGACUACGUACAGCAGCGGUGGUGGCUUUUUCUCACGAAACCGUCACAACAGCGUAUACAGUAGCCCUGAGACCGGCGGUCUUCCGCAAACGAAUAAUCCCAAUCUCAAAAUGUCACUCUACGAUCGUCUCGUCGGGCGGAAAAGCGUCCGGAGCCAGCGCAUGGGUCGCCAAGGUACUAUGACGAAGCUGAACUCGGUGCCGGUAGCCCUGAAGAACAGGCCGCGCAUACCAACUCCGGAUGUGACGAAGGAGGUGAUCGACCGUGAACAUAGGCUGGCUUUGUCCGCCACCAAUGCGGCGAACAUCGGCGCGGGUGUGGUGGGCGUGAUACCAGCGAACGGCCACUAUCCAACUGAUUUGUCGGUGGUGGUGUUGUCGCCGAUACAAGAAACCGAGAGCACACCCUCUUCGGGAAAAUCCGGAGCGGCGGCUUUGGCGCAGGCCGUGCUCUCGCCGACGUUGACCGGCGCCGGUCUGAUGACACCGGUGACCUUGACACCGGUCACCAUGGGUCAUCUGACGCAAUUGGGGCUGAUGACGACGGCGACGACAACGACGCCGCAUAACAAUCAAGGCAACAUCGUCCAGGCGACGCUGACGGAGGUCACGAGUGAAGAGGAAGGUAGCGGAAGCGGUAGCAGCAGAAGCGGAAGUAUUGCUGGACAGGAGGAUCGCUCGACGCCGUUGAUCGACAACACCAACAGUCCGAUGGGUAGCAACGGCAGCUCGCCCGUCUUCGACGGCUACAACGAUCGCUCACCAAUCUUGAUGAGACCUGAGAAACUAGGCUACGUGGUCACCGCCGCUGUGCCUGGAACUCAAGUUAAUAAGACGGUGGCGAUAGACGCGAGAGGUAGACGAUCAGCCUCGCUGCCCGGUCCGCCGGUACCACUGACACAGUCAGGUCGGGACGACAGAAGCAUGUCGUUGCCGCAAUCUCCAGGAUUGCAGCCGAGAGAAGGUAUAGCUUCGGUGACGAACAGGCAGAACGGCCUUACCGUGGACAGGUUGGCCACCGUGUCCAGUAAUCAAGGUAUUCGACCGAGGACCAGCAGUUUCGGCCAUGAUCUCUCCAGUCAGAGGGUCCAGGAUGCGUCGAGAAAAAUCAGCAGCGUCUCGUGCACAAACGCAUCGCUUUCGAGCAGCUUAGGCACGACGUCGCCAACAUCGUCUACGAGCGUAUCCUCCACGACGACCGUCGCCGGUAGCAAGAGAAACGAAGUAUACGUUUGAUGGAAGAAAUGACUAAUGCGGACUUUACUCGUUCAGCUAAUUACUGGAUACAGCACAGUGUCUUGUCGACAUUUCCCGAGAUUCAUCUUCGUCCCUUAUUGUGACGCACCAUGUGGCGGAUCUAUUUAUUCCUUGACCGUCUAGAUUUUUUAUCAACGCAAAUACUAGCGCCUGAAUUUUCUUCGAGAUAAUUCGUUUCCGUUUUCAGAUUCCUCCAAAUCGGCAGGAGCGAGAUACAGACAAUUCUAUUUUACCUCUCUUAUGACUUUUUGUUUAGAAUUCUUCUUUACGGCGAUUCUCCUGAUGAAAUAUGGGUUUCCAAAACGGGUUGCCAUUUAUUUCAUACUCCUUUACUCACAACUUUCACUUCUCUAAUCUUUUAUAAAACUGAGAUACACAUGGGAUGAAGAGAUCGGACUCCGCCGACUACGAGUCAACCGCCUUCACGUCGAACGUCAUACCGAAUUCUCUCCUUUAGGAUUUCUUAAUUAGUGCAACAUCUCACUUAUUUCUAGAAAUAGCGCAAUUACUCUUGAUGAGUACAAGAGAUAGCGCUCUUCUAUUUUCUAUAGUUUUGUUAUUUAUGUUAAUUUUGUUCUUUUUUUUUAUCUAACUUUUGAAAUAUUUUUUACUUAAGAUAUAAAGAGGAUGCAGUAAGGUGUACCAAACAAUUUACUGUGAAUCGAUCGCAUUUACGAUGUUACGUUUUUAGUGUGCAACGAAGGGAAAUAAUUAGUAGUAGGUUUCGCCAAUAUGUUGUAAAUAGUUAUUUAUAACUUAAAGACUCUAUGACGAUCAAUUUUUUAGGAGAAUAUAAAUAAAUAUAUAUUUUGUAUAUGUAAUUAAUUAAUUCUCUCUCGACCCGAGUGUAAAACGAUUGAUUUUCGUGGAAUACGUGGAAAGAAAUCGAAUAACUUAUUGCCAAUCGAUUACCAAUUAUUUACACUCACGACGAAAGAAAGUUAUAGGCGUAAUAUUUCAAGCGAGAUGCUUCUUUUUUUAAUUUAAUGGGCAAUAUUGGAAGUAUUUUUGUAUCGUCGUGCAAUAAUGUAACACUGUAAGAACGCGUUAAUCAAUUAAUAUUAAAACUGCACACUGUUGCUACACUAGUUAAUUUGUGACUUUCACUCGUAUAAUAUAAUUUCAUCACGAAUUCGUUCGUUCGCACACGUCAUGAUAUUGUGAUACCACUUUUUUUUAUAGAUAUCUAAUAUGACGUUUUAUAAAAUAUCUGUAACGUUAUGACAAUUGUGGAUACGAGAGAAAUCAAAUCUGUUAGUCAUGUAACAUCCAUAUGCUUUGUACAUACAUAGCUAAUUUUUCGAGGUCAUUUUAUAAAAAAUUUUCCACGCGUUUUAUAAUUGCCAUAGAUUCUAUCGGUGCAAAAUAUUGUUCGUUCUUCGCAUCGAACAUUUGACAGCAGUAUGCAUUCGUAUACAUACAUACAUCGGCAUUUUAUCUGCCAGUUUUACAUCACGUAAUUGAUGUUACUAAAAUAUUUAUCAAGUAUUUUAUAGUGAUUGCGUAACACCGUCUCUGACAUUGCUUCCGAUAAUUCUUGAAUAUUCCAUUAUCUUUAAUUUUAUUCGGUAACGAUUGAUAAGCUAAAUCGAUUAAUUGCAGAUAAAUUGAUCUUUCUCAAGAUCGAUAUGCAUAGCAAUAUAUUGUUUAAAUUGUAAAAUAUGUUAACACUAUUAUCGAUGGGAAACGGUUUAGGACAAAGCGCUUUUGUACGUCUCGAUGAUUGAUGUACAAAUGUGCGCUACGGCUCAAGAUGUUUCUAAUGUCAAUUACUGACUAUUGUUAUUAUACAUUAGUGCAAUUAUACGACACUAACAAAAGCGUCGUAAUCUCAUUGUAUGAUGAUGCCUAUGUACAUAAUAUUGUAACUUUUAAGUUGAUAUUUUUAUCGAAUUACAAAUAUGCUCAAUGCCAAGUGCGCGUGAACCUAAUGCGUAAACGACAAAGUGCUAUAUUACAAACAAUUUACUGAAUAUUAUCUUAUCGCACAAUACGUAUAGGCAUUGCUUCUUAAUGUUAUGAAGGGAAGAGUAAUAUUUUCGACACUCAUAAUGUAGUUUCUCGUAUAAUAGAUUAAUUGCAUGAACGGAAAUUUUAUAGAAUUCUUCUCAUAAAAUUAGUAUCAAAUAUUGCAUGUUUAUCGACACUUCUAUAAUAUUUGGUCAUAAUCGAAAGCUACAUCUUAAUUUUUACUUUUACUUUGCAAACCAUUCGGAUUGGAUCUUCUAAAAGAUUAGAUUGAUGCUUUGAUCAAAAGGCUCAAUAUUGUGCUUCCGUCUUACGAAGACUAUUAUCUAUUACAAAGACUAUUAUACAUGUGACGUUAUUAAAACAAAACGUAUCUAUAUGUGUAUAAUAAUUACAUAUUAACUAUGUAUUGUAUAAUAGCCAAUUUACACAUAGGUAUAUCGGUCUGUGAUGAACAGAAAAGAAUAGGAAAAAUACUGCGUGCCCAAUAUUAAUACUUAUUUAUAAUAUUAUUAAAUAUGCCUUAAUUAGCAAUUAUAAUCGAAUAGUUAGAGCGACUUCUUUGUGCAAUGACUUGUUUUUGACUUCUUACGUUUGGCGACAUAAUGUAAGGGAGACGAAUUCAAUUUUGUAGAUAUUUAAUUCUAUAUAGAAUAUUUGUACAUAUAAAUGUAUUCCUUUCUCUCUCUCUCUCUCUUUUGUUACCUCUCGUAAACGUUUGGUUAUUAUCGUAAACAAUAGGAGCAACAUAUGCGACUUGUCUAAGUUCUUCGGUGCCCAUAAGUAGUUAUAUUACCAAGUUAGAUUAAUAUGAUAUCUUAUUAUCUCUAUAAUUAUCUACAUUAUCUAUGUUGGAAUAAACGCUUUGGAAAAA